CUUAUUAAAUAGAUUGCUUAGCACGAUUAAACAAAAUGGAUUAAAUGCUAUAUCAUUCCAUCAGGUCGAAUCUCAAAGUCAGCCGAUAUUUGCAAUUCAGGAGCAACAUAGCCAAAACGGCGUUAAAGAAAAUGAGCGCGUCAGGUGAUAUUGAAAACAAACACCCUUUGAAGUUAGUGCCCACUCCUGAGUUCAUUCAAAAACGCGAAGUGUUAUUUAAAACCCUUGUCGAAGAGACGUCAAAUCAAAUAAUUGAACGUGCCAAAGAAGAGAAAGCCAUUGAAAUAACAUUACUUGAUGGUUCGAUUAAAAGCGGCGUUGCUUGGAAAACUACUCCAUUUGAAAUUGCACAGUCUAUAAGUCAAGGGUUGGCACAGAAUGCAGUUAUUGCUAAGGUCAAUGGAGAACUCUGGGACCUUGAGAGACCUUUAGAAUCAAAUGUUGAGAGUCUGGAAAUACUAAAAUUUGAUCACCCUGAAGCCAAGCAGGUUUAUUGGCACUCAACGGCUCACAUCCUGGGUGAGGCGUUAGAACUUCACUUUGGAGGCCACCUGUGUUAUGGACCACCUAUCGAGAGUGGCUUCUAUUACGACAUGCACUCGCCAGAAAGAACUGUGAGUCAGAAGGACUACGCGGCCAUAGAGACUCUAAUGAAGGAAAUUAUUAAGGCCAAGCAACCAUUCGAGAGACUGACGAUGAAGAAGAAAGAUCUACUGGAAAUGUUCGGUUACAACGAGUUCAAGUGUCGCAUUUUGAACCAAAAAAUAAAAGAAGACGAGACAACAGUGUACAAGUGUGGGGAUCUCAUCGACCUCUGCAGGGGACCCCACGUGAGACACACGGGCAACAUCAAAGCAUUCAAGAUCACAAAGAGUUCUUCCUCGUUCUGGGAGGGCAAUGCGGAGAUGGAAACGCUUCAAAGGGUGUAUGGGAUCUCGUUUCCGGACAAGCAACAACUGAAGGAGUAUGAGUUCAUGAUUGAAGAGGCCGCCAAAAGGGACCACAGGAAGAUAGGAAGAGAACAGGAGCUCUACUUUUUCCACGAAUUAUCUCCUGGCAGUGCCUUCUUUCACCCAAAGGGAGCUCACAUCUACAACACACUCGCCGACUUCCUCAGAAAAGAGUACAGAAAGCGAGGUUUCCAAGAAGUGAUAUCACCAAAUAUGUACAACAGCAAACUGUGGAUGACGAGUGGGCACUGGAAGCACUAUGCGGACGAUAUGUUCCAGAUAGACGUGGAAGAGCAGAAGUUUGCCCUCAAACCCAUGAACUGUCCAGGCCACUGUGUCAUGUUCGGAAUGCGCUCCAGGUCAUGGAGAGAGCUGCCACUAAGGAUGGCCGACUUCGGAGUGCUACACCGCAAUGAGUUAUCAGGUGCUUUGACAGGACUGACCCGAGUGAGACGAUUUCAGCAGGAUGAUGCACACAUAUUCUGCACUCCAGAGCAGGUGAAAGGAGAGAUAGAGGCUGCUUUAGACUUCAUGUCUUUCGUGUACACCAAAUUCGGCUUCACCUACAAACUUUUUCUGUCCACUAGACCAAAAAAGUACAUGGGCGAAAUCAAGGACUGGGACGAGGCAGAGGCGCAAUUAAAAGAAGCCUUGGACUCGCAUUGUGCUGGAGCGGAGGGUGGGGAGGUGAAGUGGACUCUGAACCCGGAGGACGGGGCAUUCUAUGGGCCCAAGAUCGACAUCCACAUUCAGGACGCCAUGAAAAGGGACCACCAGCUGGCCACCAUCCAGCUAGACUUCCAACUCCCUAAGAACUUCCAGCUGGAAUACGUCAAUCACGACAGUGGACUGUCGCGUCCCGUCAUCAUCCACAGAGCCAUUUUGGGCUCGAUCGAGCGGUGCAUCUCAGUACUGACUGAGCAGUUCGCUGGCAAAUGGCCUUUCUGGCUAUCUCCCAGACAGAUUAUGGUGGUGUCAGUGGUCAGCUCAGCCGCCCCUUAUGUGGAAAAUAUCAGGAAGACGUUGUACGAGCAAGGCGGCUUCGAGUGUGAGGCGGACGUGGAAGGGGACACGGUGCAGAAGAAGAUCAGAAAUGCGCAGAUCGCACAGUUCAACUUUAUCCUUGUGUGUGGCCAGAAAGAGGUGGACUCGAACACUAUCAAUGUGCGCACUCGAGACAACAAAGUGCACGGGGAAUUCGCUCUGAAGGAACUAAUGCGUCGCUUCUCCUUCCUCAAAGACACCCAAUCUCUCAACGCAGAGGAGGAGUUCCUCAACGUUCCCCCUGGGACACCUGAGGGAACAUCUUCCUCCUCAUGAUGAUGAUCAUGAUAUUCACACUUAAUUUAAGUCACAUCUUAUCCAAGUUAAGAGGCUUUGGGCUUUGAGGAAACUGCUGAGAAUUUAGGAAAAUCGUAAUUCUUAAAGUGAAGGGGGUUUGAUUUUGGUUAAAUGAAAAUAACGCUAGUGGAUUGAAUAACAGAUCAUUUUUGCUGCCAAGAGGAAAAAUUCUUCGGUUCGCGAUCAAACACAUUUAAUUUGAUCGUGAGUUUUCCAGUGUGUAGCAUCUUUUAUAAAAUCCAGUUGUUAUUUUUGCAUCAAAUACUUAUUUUUCGCAGCUGCAAAUGUGAUCGAUUUUGAAACAUCUAGCUCCAAGGUUCAUUCAAGGGGUCAUGUUAUUUGAUUAGUUUGUAUUCCAAAAGUUGCUCCGAUCGAAAAUAGGUUAUUUGAGAGAUGGUUGUUGUGUGAUAAUUUGUACUUGAACUUAAUUGAGUAAAUACGAUAUAGAUGCUUGUGAGAGUGGAUGUGGAAAUGGUUGAACCCGGUGUUAAAUUACUAACUAACUUUUGUUGAUAUGGAAAUUGAUGGGCGGCUUUGUCCUAUGCGCCAUUAUGGGAAGUGUAUACAUUGGUUUUUAGCGAUUAUGCCGUCUUUCCUUGAUUAAAUUUGUAAAGGCUUUGCAGCCAACGCUUUAAUGGGCUAAAUAUAAAUUGUUAUAAAAA